UGUGUAUGUCAGCCAGGAUACAGGAUGGUUUCUAGUAAUGGUGGGUCCUCCGUUAUUUGUGAAAAAUGCCCAGAAAAUAUGAGCGGAGUUACUCAAGAUGGGUGGAAUUGUAUUACUUGCCCUAAAGGCCUAACUGCAGAAGGAAAAUGUAAAUGCCUCAAUAAUGAAAUAUUAGUGGAAAGAAGUGUCGAUGGCAUUUUACUUAAUGAAGCAUUGUGUAUACAUUGCAAUGGAAGUGAGCAAUCGUUCUCUGCUUCAGAUGCAUCAGGAAAUAGGUGUGUAAGAUGUGAACAAACAUUCAUCAAUGUAAGCAAGUCUUGUGACUGCAGCAGCCCAAACGUCUUAACUGGGGGAUUGUGUUUCAGUGCUAGUGACAGCUUACCCCCAAAGGGAGUUGCAACUGUUCGUUUUGGACAGCUAGGUAUAACACUGACAUCAGCGUGGUUUCUGAAAAAUCUGCAAUCCUCAGCCUCUGCCUGUUGGUUGUACUCCAAUCUAACAGCAUGCCAAGCUCUUGGAAAUAUGUGUGUAAUGAAUAUGAACUCACUGAGUUCUUCAAGUACUGAUGCCUGUGGUUUAUUUCAGUAUAUUUAUGUCAAUACAGCAAGGCUAGGCAUUGUUCAUUCAAUAGCCUUCUGGAGGCAUAAUCUUCCAUGGCUAUAUUACGGUGAUCAACCAGGAUUAGCAUCCCAAGUGCUUGAGGCAAAUCAUGUCCCUACAAUCUUCAGUUUUGAAGGAACAGAUAAGGAUGUAAAGCUGCAAUUUAUUGCAGCCUCAUUUGAUGCAGCAGGAAACUUUCUUAAGUGGCAAAAUUUGGAAGGAGGCAUCUUACAGCUUUGUCCUGAUACCCAAACUAAAUUGAAUGCAGCUUAUGCAUUUGGAACAACUUACCAGCAAAGUUGCAAAAUUUCACUUUCCAAGAUUUUAUUGGAUUUUGCUAAUCCAAUCUUUUAUGACCUUUUCCUUGAAUAUAAUGGUGACAAUGGACAACAAUAUCUUUGGGCCGUGCCAGUUUUAAACUUGAAUCUUCAGUACAGUGAAAUGUUUGUUAAUCAAGGCAGUAAUAUGAACAACUGGCUUUUGACUCGUCGAUUUUUUUUGGUGGAUACGCUAAGUGGAAGAGAGAAUGACUUGGGAAAACUACCAAGAGUAAUUCGAAUUGCUAGCAAAAUAACAGUAAGUAUUCGUCUGGUAUCCCAUACUCAGAGGGGAACUAUCUACCCUCCUCUACUUAGCAUUGCUUACACAGAUGUGCUUGUCCAAAACCCUGAAACCCAGAGUGUGAUG